AAAAGUCAUGCCGCUCAUACUUCAUACUCAACCUAUUACCUGCUACAGUAGAAGCCUAAAUACACUCUGAUUAAUCUAAAAAAUAGUUCUAGCCUACUGUCAUUUUGGUUAACUGAUCUAUAAGCCAGUUGUCUUCUGAAAAAAAACUGACCUGCGAUCAACAGAUAACAUUACACUGUACUCAGACAGCCUGUACUGGCUUGUAACAUUUCAAAGCAACAAACAGCAACAUGAAACACAGUUUGUUUUAAAUCUGAAGACCUCGAGAUGGCACUAGAGCUAUAGGAAAUCAGGUUUAAAGGCAUUUAUACAUUAUUUUUUACUGGGUACUUUUCGGAGACAUGGUUUCGAGAAAAAGAUAUAGACCCUAAGUGCCCUGGGUAAAAAUAGAUUGCGUCCAAAUACGCCUCACGUGUCUGGUUAAACAUCGACGAAGGGCCAACUUUUGUCCCUUCUCAAGUUAUCUCUUAUAUAUUUUAACAAGUUAUCUAUGUAUGUUAUUUAUGUUGGGUGAAUCACUGUCAUUUGACCGUUUCCGUUGCUGACAAACCCUCUGGAGCCGGUUGGAAGAGCUUGCUGCGUGAUACAGAAUUCCAUAAUGGUUUACAGGGAAAUCGGCCAAGUCUCAAGUCCAAAACGGAGAAAUAUCCGUAUUAUUUGUCUGAGUUUGGUUUUAAUAGCGACAGUUAUUCUAGCUGUUACACUUGGGCUUACUCUUGGUACUACUUCGUCCGGCAGUCUAAAGGAAACAAUCAUAAAUAGAUGCAACACGUAUUUGAAAGACAACGGCGCAACGAGUCAAAAUGACUGUGAGAAGAUUUGGGAUUCAUUCACGCAAGCAUUUGUGGGAAAGGAUACAUGUGAUGUCCCUCCAGACGCUUAUGACUCCCUAAUACACUCAGUGUCCCAAGAGCCUGCAUGUAACAGGAUGUUAUUCUGGAGCAAAACUAAAGAAAUAGUCCACGCUUUCACGGAGAAAAGGAGUUGUUACGUGACUCUAGAGGACACUCUACUUGGCUUCCUCCUGGAUGGACUCACUUGGUGUGGCAAAAAUGAGAGCCAGGAAAUCUUUACCACAGAAUGCUCAAGCUGGUCAGAUUGUGUGAACAAUCCUGUGCGCUCAUUCUGGAUCCAAGCUUCAGCAGCAUUUGCAGCAUCUGCAUGUGGUGAUGUCUCUGUCAUGCUGAAUGGAGCCAUAGAUAUGCCUUUUAAUCCAACAAGCAUUUUUGCUUCUGUAGAAGUCAAGAAUUUCAACUCUUCCAUCAUGAAGAGCUUGACAGUCUUGCUUGUCACCAAAGAAGGAGACGUGAAAACCUGUGAGAGUGAUGCAUCACUGAAAGAUCUGCAAAACCAGCUGGACCCUAAAUUGAAAUAUCAGUGCAAAAUUGUUCCACAGUCAACAAUUCAGACCUGCAUCUCUCAACCACAGAUCGCUUGUGAUGAUUGCUGGUGACUUCAGUUCAGUCAACACACGGUUUACGCAGAAGCCUAUCCACUGCCUGUCCAAAAGCCUGCUGUGUUCAUCUCCUAAUAUCCUCCAAAUAUAUGCUCGGACCCCAAUGAGUAAAGUGUGCUGCUUUGACAUAGCAGUGAAGAACCCCAAUGGGAUAUGUUUCCAUAGUUUUAGUUUGUAACAGAGAGACACAGAGAUACAAAGAACAGGGCAGUGAUACCUUUAUUAAUGUGAUUCAUCAUUUGGGGAAGUCAGGACAGGGAUUAAUGUGUGGUGUCAGAGGAAGACUGUAUACUUAAUAUCACUUCAACUAGACUUGAGGACCAGAAUGAUACUUCACUAUAAAACUUUGGAAAUGUGAAAAAGAGCAUUUUAAACUGCUUGAACUUGCUUAUUUCUAAUUUGCCUAAACUCUAAAUAAUCUACAGGGGGCAUAGGUAGCCGUGCUAUACUGCAAACUGAAUUGCUUUUUGUGUUUUUGAAGAGACACUGCAAGUCCAUGGUCAAACCAUGGGCUAAGACAUUUUUGUAUUCUUAUUUUUCCUAACAGGGGCAUGCUUGUUAACAAUGGCAUUAAACAGAUUACGAAAGAAAUUACACGCAUCAAAUACAGAGGGGAUCAGACUACCUCUCGACCAUUUGACAUUGUUCAGAUCAUAUUAAAAUGCUUGACGCUAGCUUGCAAGCCUAGGAGACACUUAAAAUGACUAAAGAUGGAUCAAGUAACUGAAUUUAAUGAAAUAUUCAUGGUUCAAACAUAUUCAGAUUCCAUGAUGGCAAAUGUUCUAGUCUUGGGCCAAUAUGUCGAUCAGAAGGUUCUUCACCACAAUGUAACUAAAAAUAUUCAAAGAUGAGAGCUGGAACAUCAAAAGAAAGAUCUCAUGUCCGGCAGAGUUUGAUGCAAAAAUGGUUUAUUGACCAGUAAAACACCAACAGCAAAUGGUGUAUUUUGUGAGAGGCAGCACAAAAGCCCACUAGUGAAAAAUCCUGUACUCUCUCUUUCCACAUACGUAACUGGACUACAGUUUCCUCUUUGUGAAUCGGUUGUAUGUAUAUGUCCGUUAUAGUGUAGUAGUCCACAUAACUGGACACUGCGCUGAUGUAAUGCAAUGUGAUCACAUUAAAUCAAACCCUUGAACUUACGUCCAUGUGAUUGGCUGAAAUUAUAAGAGACAUCUGAUUGGCUGCAGCCCUUUUGAAAAAAAUGCAUUUGUGAAUCAAGCCACGUCAGGAAAGUCUAGUAAAUCCACCCAAAAUGCAGCAAUGUUCACACAUGGCAAGCGGUUUGUAAAUGCAUCUUCAUCUGUAAAUAAAUGUAACAGUCUGACAUUUAUUUUUGAAACUCAAAAUAUAUAUGUAAAUCAUG